CCUGUUUCAACGUGGUGAAGUUAAGCCUUAUAAAAGCUUCGCUCCUCUCUCUCUCAGAUUUUAUCUCUCUAUGUCCGCAGUUUCUCCCCCAUUUGGGAAAACUCUCUCUAUCUAUCUCUCUAAAUCGACUCAUAGCAAUUCGCCCACAAGCAUUUGAGUAUAUAUCAAUUCUAUUUUGCGUGUUCUCUGUUUGAUUUUGUACAUCUAGGGUUUCAGAUUCGAAUGUGAAUCUUUUGUAAGUAGUGGGUUGUUUAAGUGAGGGAAGCUAAGAUUUUUCUUCGACUAUAGUGCAUUUUGCUGCAGUUUUAGGGUAUAAUUAAUUCGAUCUGUGCUCGAAUGGAUUCAACAACAUCUUCCUCUUUGCCAAUUGCGAGUAGAGAUGCCGAGGCUGCGGUGGGGACUGUUUCCGAUUUUGCUCUGUCGGUUACUGCUGGGUUCGCUAAGGAGGCUACCUUGCGCUUCCAAGCGGGGAAGUUCGCGGACUGUCUGAAAGUCUUGAAUGAGCUCUUGCGGUUAAAAGAGAACGAUCCAAAGGUUCUUCAUAACAUAGCAAUAGCGGAGAACUUCCAAAAUGGUUUUCCAGAUCCUAGAAGGCUUAUUGAAGUUCUUGAAGAUGUUAAGGUUUGUGGUUAUAUGAUAUUUGCAUUUCUUAUCUUUUUCUCGUUCAACACGUGUACCUAUCUGCAUGUGGAUAUUGUCACAUCUACCUUCAACUAUAUGUACUUGGCAAAAGCUACUGCAAAUUUUUCUUUCUAUUGCUGUAGCUAGAAUCGGUAUGUUCUG